AUGUCUCCCUCCAUUUCAUGCGUGCCGCCGUCCGCCAUGGCGCAGGAAGCAGUGCACGCUCUCGGAGGAAAGCAAUCCGCUCUAGGGAAAGUGUUGAUCGAUGCGGGCGUGAGGGAGCCUCACGACAUCGCCGGGAUGAAGCAGGACAUGAAGUCCUGCGACUGGCGCGAACGCCCCCUGUCGGAGGAGAAGCUGGUGUACGCGAGGUGCGACUCCCACUACCUCAUCCCGCUCUGGCGACUCCUGCGGGCGCGGCUGCUGGCGGCGGACACUUUCUCGAGCCGCCAAGACGGCGGAGAGGAGAAGGACGGCAGGGAGGAGGCCGCGCUGCGGGAGAUCAAGCGCCGUUUGGACGAGGAUCAACGCCGGGAAGAGGCCCCCCGCCAGAUGCAACUUCCUCCACAGUCACCCCCCCCCUCCAAGGGGGGUGCUGGUUCGGGAGUCGUCGCGAUGAAUGGCGCCACCACCGCCGCUGGGCUCGCCAGUGAUCACUUACGGUCCGGAUCUUCAACAACAGCAGUUGUUGACGGGAAUUUGCCCGCAAGGUCGCCGGUGAGGUCGGGCGCCUGCUCCCCCGCCGCCGCCACCCAGUCGGCGUGGGAGCCGUGGAUGUCGGAGUGGGACGACCCUGAGGAUUGCCACAGGCGCGAACGCAGCCGCAGCGGCUCCUUCUUUCGGCCCGACCUGGAGAGCAUCCACGAGGGCGCCCGGAACAACGCGUGCGGCGCCGGCUUAGACUCCGCCGUCACGGCGGCAUUCCUCGAAGAUGAAGAAGAUUACGGCGGCGAGGUCGUAGGGGAUGGAGCAAUUGGAUUGGCCAACGGCGAGGCGCGCCGUUUCGGGGAUCUCGACGGGGCUGGGGGUGGGGGGGGGGGGGGCGUUGCGGCCAGCGAGGAGGAUGACGAGGAUGAGGAUCUUUGGGAAGAGUUGGGGCGUGACCGAGGGCGUCGAAGACGCGACGACGUUAACCGCGGCGACGGCUACCGGUGGCCACACCCCUAAGGACGAGAUGAGCCCAAGCUUUACGGCCGAAAGGGAAGAAGAAGUUGAUGCUGCUGCUGCUGCUGCUGCUGCUGCUGCUGCUGCUGCUGCAGCAAGUCCCGCGAACACGUCGCAAGCAGCAGGUCCCGUAGACUCCUCGCUCGCUGAUGACUUGAACUCUACACCACCGGCAGCCGGAGCGGCGGCGUACGACGCAACGAAUACGGUUGCCCCUGGGGACGACCGGCCCGCCGCAGAGCCGGACCCUGCUGCCGUAGUCCUGACGGACGGAAUACUGCUCAUGUGGAAGUCGCUAUCGAGGGCCCACGUCGCGACGGCCGUGCUGUGGCGCCCCUCCCGGGAGGCGAAGGGCGAGGACGCCCACAGCGAGAGGCACUUCCGCACGGCGGAGCAGCGGCUGAGGCCGCCCCGCUGGUCCGAGAUCAACGUGCGGGUGUACGAGGACAUUUUUGUCUGGAGGGACAGGACCGCCCGCAGGCUGGACGACGGGGUGGCCUACGUCUGCCCCGGGGACACCCUGAUCGAGGUGGCCCUGGCGAUGCCGACGACGGUGGACGGCCUUCGGC